UUUGUGUUUCUUCAUUAGUGGUAAGAUCUCUGCUUACUGUCCAUGAAGGAAAACACAGCCGAUUCCCUCCCUGCUGCAUGAGAUCUGGGACGUCGCCUCUCCGCGCCGCACGCCCUCAGGUCUGGGACGUCGCCUCUCCGCGCCGCACGCCCUCAGGUCUGGGACGUCGCCUCUCCGCGCCGCACGCCCUCAGGUCUGGGACGUCGCCUCUCCGCGCCGCACGCCCUCAGGUCUGGGACGUCGCCUCUCCGCGCCGCACGCCCUCAGGUCUGGGACGUCGCCUCUCCGCGCCGCACGCCCUCAGGUCUGGGACGUCGCCUCUCCGCGCCGCACGCCCUCAGGUCUGGGACGUCGCCUCUCCGCGCCACACGCCCUCAGGUCUGGGACGUCGCCUCUCCGCGCCGCACGCCCUCAGGUCUGGGACGUCGCCUCUCCGCGCCGCACGCCCUCAGGUCUGGGACGUCGCCUCUCCGCGCCGCACGCCCUCAGGUCUGGGACGUCGCCUCUCCGCAUGGCCUCAGUACACGAGCAAUGCUUCUACUCCGCACAACCACUGCCAAGACCAUGUGGAGUCUGUACCCCGCACUCUGCCAGAGCACGGUGGCGCACACAUUCUGUCUGCUGAGCUCAGUGCCAGCAUGAGUCACAAAUUGGUCACCUGCAGCGCCACUGCUCCUGCACCCACUAUGUACACAAGGAUCGGGACCACCUACCGCCACUCACAGCGCAGCAAUGUGCACACAACACGACAGACCGGGACCACCUACCACCACUCACAGCGCAGCAAUGUGCACACAACACGACCGACCACGACCACCUACCACCACUCACGGCGCAGCAAUGUGCACACAACACGACCGACCACGACCACCUACCACCACUCACAGCGCAGCAAUGUGCACACAACACGACCGACCACGACCACCUACCACUCACGGCGCAGCAAUGUGCACACAACACGACCGACCACGACCACCUACCGCCACUCACAGCGCAGCAAUGUGCACACAACGCGACCGGCGACAGACCACGACCACCUACCACCACUCACAGUCUGAAAGGGCUGAUAACAGAGAGCAACAGAUUGUUUUCACUUGCUCAGCAAACAUAUCAGGGAAAUUAAUGUGUCUGUCCCUUUAAGAGAUUUGGCUAGAUUCUAUCGCUCAGGUAGCGGUACUUUCCCACUAGCGUUAUUCUUUUCCGGCGCUGAGUUCCGUCCUAGGGGCUCAAUACCAGAAAAGAACGGAUCCAUUAUAUCGCCAUGCAUUCUGAACGGAGAGCGAUCCGCUCAGGA